AUGCCACCGGGUUCCGAUGUUUCCUGCUCUCCCCUGAUCCAGAUGAUCUUCAACGUGGCGGGGUUGAGGUCUUCGACGGUCUCGACCCGAUCUCUAAACUCAUUGUUCUGCAUUCUGGCCGUCCCAAAAUGUCUUCUUUGA